AUGAACGAUCAAAUGAAGCAGAGGUGGAAAGAGGCAAAGGAGCGAAUCGGCAAUGCGUAUCAUGACUAUGGGCGACUGUGCGCCGCGCAUCCGAAGACAUGUCUAACGAUGUCACUUCUCACAAUGAUCGUCCUCUCGUAUCCAACAAUCACACGACUGCGAUUACCAGUUAGCACGCCAAUCGACAUCUUUUGGAGUGAACAUCUUCAUGUCAAUGAAAAAAUCGCUCCAUUCUGGAUCAACGAGAAUCCGGCGUCCUAUAUUCAACAAUUCAUCGUUUCAACUACAGUAUCCCCAUGGAACGCUACUGAAAUGUCGCCGGAGCUGGCGGUCCGUGCCGCAGUUGCCACGUCAUUUCGCAUUAGAGCGCUUUUACUCGCCGAGCCGUCUGUCGAGGAGUUGUGUCUACGGUUGGCCGGUCAGAGACAAGACUCCACGUGGCCAUUUAGAUCCAAAUCGCUUUGCGUCGUACUGUCGCCUGCCACCAUAUGGUACAACAAUGCGCAGAAGUUCCAGGAGGAUGAUAACGUCAUCGAGACAGUAUUCAAUGAGCAAUGCAAGACGACGUUCUGUAUGAGGGAUUUGUUGCUGGGGGCACCGGUGGCAGCCACAGGAAUCAAGCAAAAGUAUCAGACGAAUCGGAAGAGAAAAAUCGAAUUCGCAGUGACCGUAUUCUUCUCGAGAUACAGCAAACGCGUCAUUCAGACGCUUCGCGACAAGUUGGGCAAGGAAUUUAAACUUGUUCAAACGCCAAGCAACGAUGAGCACACGUUCGUCCAAGUCUACUUUCAUCCCCUGAAGACCUUCUCCUCCUAUCUGCCACUGAUUUCGACGUAUUUUGUUUGCAUGCUCUACGUCUACUACUCCUCGCGUAAAAUCCAAAUGGUAGCUUCCCGUUGGGGCCUGGCGUUCGCCUCGUGCUUCACCGUCGCCUCGACAUUGCUCAUGACAACUGGAAUAUGUGCUCAUUUGGAUUUGUCCACAACGACAUGGGGAUCAGAAAUCUAUCCAUAUAUUGCACUGAUCAUGGGUCUGGAGAAUACCCUGUGUAUCACACGGAGCGUCGUUUACACGUCACCGUCGCUAGAUGUAUCCUCUCGAAUUGCUCAUGGACUGUCCCAGGAGGGAUAUAAGCUAACCAAAUACUAUAUUCUAGAAUUGCUAUUUUUAUUGAUUGGAUUCUUGACAAGAGUCCCCGAUAUCCAAGAAUUCUGUCAGUUUAGUGUCAUUUGUGUUACGGUAGAUUUUUAUAUGCAGCUCUUCUUCUACGCCCCGUGCCUAACCUUCGAUCUUCAACGCCUGGGUCUCGAAGAGAAGCGAAAAUUUGCCGAAAUCCUACUGUACGAAGAGAUUCCCCGCUUGAAAAAUUACGCGCCGAUCAGUUGCCCGAUGCGAAAAAUCUGGCCGAAACUGUUCGUGAUGAAGAAGAUGCAAAAACGGCGAUUUUCGGAUUCCGAACUAUUUCAAGACGAUGAUGCGCCAAUAGGCUCCGCCCACUUUUCCGCUUCAAAAGACGACGGAGACGUGCCGAUACCGCGUCCCGAGGAUUCGCUUCGAAUGAAAAUUAUGUACUUUAUCACACGCACCCGAAUUGUGCAGAGGACCAUUUUGGUGGUAUUCGCCACGUGGACACUGAUUCUGGUCUUUUUUGUCGGCUCCCGACAGCUCGGAAUCGAUAAUCGAUUGACUAACCAAUCCAUUGAGAGCAUCUCUCAAUCACAUCGAAUCCUGUCGACGGCCAAUUUACAGUAUGGAAAUUGGCAAAGGAGGACUUACAAGUGGUGGCCAGCUGUCGCACACGAAUACAACAUCUCGCUGAAUUCGCGAUACGUCACCUUCCUCCCACCGAUCGUUCUCCAGUCGAUAAUCGAUCCCACCGAUCGAUUCCUCCAAAAAAUCGAUAAAUCGAUAUCGAACCACUCUGAGAAUUCCGAAGAGGACGCGCCGAUCCUUCGAUCGCGUAUCGAUUGGCUCGAAAUGCAGCUGAAAGUGUAUUUGGCGGCGUUUUGGCUAUUGCUCAUCACUACAGUAAUCGCAUUCUUCGCCUACGUGUUUUUAAGCGAUCGCUGGAAAAUAGGCGGAGCGAAACAAGUUCAAAUUCAACAGGAGAGCCAGAAAAUUGGGGCGGACGUGGUGAUGGAAGAGGAAAUGGGAGGAGGCGGACGGAGGGAUAAGAAUUUCGUGGAAACGCUGCCCAUCGCCUUCCAAGGCCAUCGAUUCCCCAUCGAAUCGGUGGCAAUCGAUGAAUCGAACCCAUCGCGAUUCGUCUCAUCCUGUCAAGAGGGAAUCGUGAAUUUGUGGAAUUCACAAACGGGACAACGCAUUCUGAGAAUCAAUCGGCUGAGAGCUCUACCGGAGAAGGGAAAAGACAUCCCGCAAGCGCCGAAAGUUUGGGCAUUGGCGAAACGCAACGACACCGUAAUCCUUGGCUGUUGUGAUGGCUCGAUCGAAAUCGCGAGUGUUUCCCGAAACAAACUGAUCGGACUCUACACAAAAUCGAUAAUCGGUGUGUCUCAUGUCGUUUGUAGGGAUGAUGACGUGGCAAUUGUUCGUCUGGAUGGAAGUAUCGAUUUUCUGACAGUAGACUAUGAGAAAACAGAUGAUGGAAAAAUCCGUGUCCGCCAAAUCGACCAUCUCAAAUCGGUGCGAGCCCACCAGAAACCCAUUUCUCGAGUCGCCACGUGGAAUUCCAGUCAACUCAUCACCUCGUCGUUCGAUCGAUCGAUAAAAAUGUGGAAUUGGUCGAAGAAGGGGGAAGACAUUGAGAUGAGCAAUGUUUUCUUGGCUCACAACGCCCCUGUGGUCAGUUUGGUGAUUGGCGAGCGAUCGAUAAUCGAUAAUCAAUCGAUUAUGUACUCGUCGUGUGAAGAAGGCGUAAUCUGUUGGUGGAACCUCACAACCGGGGAAUUGAUUCGAACUCUGGACAACAACACGACUUGGGCAUUCCAACUCGCCACGUCAUCUGAAUUCCUGCUCGGAUUCUAUGGAUCGUCGCAGUUGUUCAUGUGGAAUGUCGAGAAUGGACAGCUGGCGUGUCGGGUGACCGACGCGCUUGGUGAUGGAACGAGCGAGGACACUCUCUACACUGUGGGAAGCAGCGGUGUCGUCUCGUUCGACGAUCAAAUAGCCGCCACGGCUUCAUCGGAUUCCGUCACUUUUUGGGAUCUCAAGCAUCGAGCGAUUAUUGGAAAGGCAAAACUCAACGGAAAAAUCAGCUCGAUGCGCAAAUUGACGGCGCAAAGUGUGCUUUGUGGUGUGGACAACUCAAUGUACGCGGUUACAGUACCCCUGGUUCGAUUCAAAAGUUGA